AUCAUCUAAACUCCGCUAAAGCAGGAUCGCCGGCAAUGACGGAAGGAACAUGCAGUGCGGCGAGCCGCCACCUGCUCCCUCGGCACCAAGAAUCCACGAAGAAGCGCAAGAAGGCUAGCGAGGCCACGAUAAGAGAGACUUGGGCGGAGCUAGGCCAAGAAGGAACCCGGGGGUCGGAGAUUGAAGGAUCUGAGAUGGCUAGCCGCAUACAAUAUAGGAAUUUGACAAGGAAAUCUUUCGAGGAGAAUGAAUCCAAUGUUGAUCUUAUGGAGCACUACAAAUGUAUUCUAUCUAAGAUGUUGCGAGGGCAAGAUGACUCUUUUUGUAAAGGAGUUAAUAACGAAGUUCAAGGCACUAGUACUCAAAAUAAGGGCAAAGAAGGCUACAUUUGCAAGAGAACUUUUCCAUUGUUUAAGGAACAAUUCGGUGGUCUGUCAAAGAAUGAUAAGGAGAAAAUAAAGCUUGCUCUUCAUGAGAUUAUUACAUUCCUCAACAAUGAUGUGGAUGAGGUCGAUCGAGAUAUUCAGGCAAUGGAAGAAAGUGGCGAAACAUGUCAAGAGGUUGUGAAGAAGUUAUCUACUGGUUUAUUGGGAAAGCUCGGCAAAAUGGCGCAAGGUGUCGAUGACUUGUUAAAUACAGCAGCAUCCAAAUGCAGACCUAUGAGUACUGAGGAGAAAAUUGAACUUGGUAAGUGCAUCCGAAAGCUCCCAGAGGAGGCACUUAAUCGCCUUGUGGAGAUAAUUACAAGAAGGAAACUGGCAAGUGAGAAUUCUGAUCGGAUAACCAUGAACUUGGGAGAACUGGAUGAUGCAACAUUAUGGAGGCUGUAUUACCAUGUGGAGUAUGCGCUAAAAGAAAACAAGAAAUGAUUCUCGAUCCUCCAUGGCCAUAGCAUCCAGGAUGGAAUCCAGUGUAAGCCCUACCACAACUUGGAGCACUUGCAAGCUCGUUAUGAUCUUGGGCGCAGGACAUUGGGAUCCCCAUGUUUCGCAGCAUUAGCCUUGACGAAUCAUUAGUACUUCAGCUUGUAACAUCUGUAUGUGUGCAUGGACUUGUGCUAUCAAUGAGGACUGUGGCGUGAAAACAGCAUCAUGGAUACCGUGUUGGGAUUACCGGAAAAAAAAUAGUGCAUAGAGUUAGAAAAUAGUGUUGUAACUUGUAACCCAAGGGCAUUGGUGGCAGUAUUGUGUUCCAUGCCACAGUGCAAGCUCCUUCGGAUGAAUGGGGUUUGUUCCGGCAUUCAUGCCUGCAAAAAGACAUCGCAUCAGUUACAUGGUUUGGCGACCCUAGGUCCAAGCAUAGAAGAUAAAAAGUAUCUUGUACUGCAAUGACACCACACUAACGAACGGUGAUUGGUGGAUGGUCGAGUGUCACAUUGCAUCAAUCAAAUCCUCUUCCUA